UUUCAACGCAAGACAGACAGAUUGGGAUGAGUCUGUGCCGCGUGUGCAACCACCACCACGAAGAUGGAGUCAAGUGCACCAUAUGUGGACACAUUGGCAAGAGCAAAGUGUUCCAGUUCCUCAAGAACAAUCGACCUAUCAACCAACUGCGCUUCGUGUCGUUCUGUGUGGACGUGAACGACAGUCCGUCCAAGGGGAACUGGAGCUUGGCGCGACUCGUACGUGAACGCAACUUUGGCAAAGCUACCAUCGGACUCUUCGACUCCCAUGACCACUCCACUACGUGCAACCACGCCUUAACCUUUGUCGGUGACGCCCCAGUGGCCGCCGCGCGGUGGUCAUGGUCUGUGGACAAUGGCGUGGAAGUCGCUGUAAUCGACAAGCUUAGCGUCAUCGACAUCCGGCGGCGCCGUACGUAUGGCACAUACAUCUUAUCCAACAUAAUCGAGGACAUCAAAGCGAAGAUGGCGGUCGAAGGACGGACGCUAUACGCCCUUGUGGCCAAUGUUGCGCACGACCAGUUGCAUCCUGCAUGGAAGUUGUUUGUGAAAUUCGGGUUCCAACCCAUGGGAGAGCCCUUUGCAGUUCCUUCAAGCACACACUUGCAUGUGAAAAUGGUGCUCCUUCAUAGUUAGCCGAUGGAAUCCACCAAUACUACUAAAGUCUGCAAAUUAUCUACUUCGAAGUACUAUUAACGUUAAUACGAAA